AAUCAGCCAGGAAAGUUCAUAGCUGCAUAGAAAGUCCCGUUAGACCCGAGUGAAGUGAAGAAAAGCGCGCGCGCUCCUUCGUCCCUACGCUCUAUUUUGUACUACUCAAAUUGCAGGCGAGCAGUAAAGUUCAAAGUGGUUGCAGUACUACAAAGGAUAACGCAUCCUUUCACACAUACAUACAUACAUCCAUACGUUCGCAGCACACCAAGUGGUUACACAUAUACAAGCAAAUAAGACUCUGCUCUCCACUUCGUACUCGUGGGGUGCACAAUGUGGGUAGGUUGUGGUGUGACAAGCCACAGUGCGGCGUUGCUUUUCAUUGAAUGCAAAGUGUAAAUGUGUGGGUGGCAACACUCCACCUCACCACCACCAGCUCACCGUUAUUUACUCGCAUUACAGCCGUACGGUGUACAUAACUGCAAACGAAUGCAAAACUGAAUAAUCAUUAGAAAGCAAAAUGUGUAGAAAAUAGAAAAAGUGAAAAAAUAAGAACAAAACAACAAAGAAAGAAACGAAAGCAAACCAAAAAGGAUAGUGAAAUACUACUUACAUACGAACAAAGAAGGAUUGGCGAAGUUUUUUGGCCUCUACGCGUUCGUGGUGUUCGUCGUGGCCGCAGCGGCAAAGGAAGUAAUACCGCAACAAUUUCGGCACCACCAACAAAAUGUUACCAAUAAUAUGAAACUUUCUGAAAUGACCCGCAAUAUUAUAUUCGCUAGAAAUCUUUUAUGCGUAAAACGUGCGCUAGCAUAAACCAUUAUAAACUCAUGCAACACUUAAAGAGCCGUAACUAAAAAAGGCAACAGCAACAACAUCUAAAAACCCCUGAGACACCGCUAUCACAUUACCAGCCGCGAAAGAUGCAUCAAGUGCUGAGCUAUGAGACCGCUGUACGUGCCAACAGUUCGCGCGAGUUCCGCGAGUACGUCACCAAGCGCACUUGCGUCAGCCUCGUGCUCACAAUCGCCUUCCUGACACUCAUACUGGGCUAUUUGCUGGGCAAUUUCGUGUCGGAGCGAAAAUAUCAAAUGCGACUGAACAAGGCGGCCGGCAAAGGCAUCGGACCGCCGCACACGGUGGAGGUCACCAGCGCCGAUUAUGCAAAUCUCAAAGAAAUUAACGCUUACCAAAAGAACAAAGACAAACUGUUGAGCUCGGCGCAAGCAUUGAGCCAAAUGCUGCAACGCGACCAAAGCUAUCCGGCGAGCUCCAUCAAUACGGACAUAUUCAACAAGUACAUAUCGUGCACACAGGACAUACCACCUAGCACCAGCAUGGAGUCCAGCCAAUUUAUUGAGAAGCUGGUGGAUAAUACGGCGGCACGACAACGCGAUUGCUUGCGCGUGAUACAAUUGAUUAUCGAUAACCACAUGACAGGUGGCACGAACUGAACUUAGAGAGGAGAGGAGGGGAAUGUGAUAUGGCGGUGGUUAAAGGCGUUUGCGGUACUUAAACCGCGAAGAAUUGUUAGCGAAUGUUUAAAUAGGCAAUAUCUGAGGUUUUGUGCUGAAACGGGCGUGGCUGAUUAUGAUUUUAUAUAAUAGAUAUAUAUGUAUAAGUAUAUUGACAUCUUUCAUAGUGGGCCAAAAAAACUUUUUUAUAAUAUCAAUGUAUAUUAUUUUUGUAAAGAUUUUUUCUAAACAUAUAUACAUACAUACAUAUACAUAGUAGUUGCAUAACAUAUUGACAACACAUACACAUACCAUAUACAUAUAUACACAAGUAUAUGUGUCGCAGCAGACAGUCCAGUCAAAUAGGCAACUUUUGUGCUUUUACUUCGUAGAACCUACGCAGUGAGGCAAGCUCCCCAAGGAGCGAAGGGCGACGACGGCGUAUUUUCAUAAAAUGCCAUUGGGAAUGUAAGAGGCUUUUAGUGACAGUAAAUGUUGUUCUAAAUACAUAAUGCAUACAAAUUAACUUGAAGAAUUUAAACUAACACAAGCAAAUAUGAAGAUAAGCAACCACAAAUACACAUACACAUUCAUAUAUAUAUAUUUACAAUACACUCACUUCCAUUAUAGGAAUCAUGCAAAUCUAAGCCAAAAACACAUUUCGACCGAAAAAGUUGUGUAAAAAUGGAAAAACACUUUCAACGCGUUUAUUAUCCUUGAAUGUGCUCAAUGUUUACUUAAGGGAAUACUUGUAUGUAUGUAUAUGUAAGCGCUCUUGUCGCUGCACACUUGUGUAUUGGUGUACAUUAUAUACAUUAAUAAAGUAGAAUUUAUUUAUAUGAAAUACUUA